AUGCCCAACACCAACUGGCUCUGGUUCCGCGUCUUCGCCAACCUCGGCCUCAAGCGCAACGGCGGCCGCUACUCUCAGGAGCGGCUCGACCGCGACAUUGAGCACCUCGACACGUUUUACCGCGGCGACGGCUGGUCCAACGACGGGCCCGAGGGCAUCCACCAGAUGGACUACUACUCGUCCAGCUUCGCCAUCCAGACCCUGCAGCUGCUCUACGCCACCAUCGGCGGAGCCGACGACCCAGCCCGCGCGGCCGAGUUCAAGCGGCGCGCGCAAAUGGCCGCGCUGGACCUGGUGCACUACUACGACGACGAGGGCCGCGCCAUCCCCUUUGGCCGCAGCGUCGGGUACCGCUUCGCCAUGGUGGCCUUUUGGAGCACCCUCGCCUACGCCGACGUCGAGCUGCCCGCGCCCCUGACCUGGGGCAUGGUCAAGGGCAUCGUCCUGCGCAACCUGCGCUGGUGGCAGACGCAGACGGACAUGUGGACGUCGAGCGGCACCCUGUCGCUUGGAUACUUGUAUCCAAACAUGUAUUUGACGGAAAACUACAACAGUCCAGGUAGCCCGUACUGGGCAUGCAUAGCCUUCAUCUGCCUUGCCGUGCCCGAGAGCCACCCGUUCUGGACAUCCAAGGAAGAGCUACACAGUAGCGCGUUUCCUCCCGUCAAGGCCCUGAAGCACCCCGGACACAUUACGAGCUAUCGCGGCGGCCACUGCAUGCUCCUGUCGUCGGGCCAGGCCUGCGGCUACCCGAUGAAGGCCUCGCACGCCAAGUACGGCGGCUUCGCCUACAGCAGCGCCUUUGGCUACUCGGUGCCGCCGGGCCUACUGUCGCUCGAGCAGCACGCGCUCGCCUCGCAGCUCGGCCUGUCGGACGACGGCGGGGACCACUGGCGCGCGCGGCGCCUCUCCGAGUAUGCAGGGCUCGAACAUCGCGGCGGCGGCGGCGGCGGCGGCGGCCAUGAACGUGGACAUGACGACGAACCCGUGCUAGUGUCCGUAUGGCGUCCCUAUGCCGACGUACGCGUCACGACGACGCUCGUCCCGCCGACCGAGCGGGCGCCCAACUGGCACCUGCGCGUCCACAGGAUCGACAACGGCGGCGCCCGCGCGCUCAUGACGGCCGACGGCUCGUUUGCCGUUUGCAACGUCGACUCGCGCACCGGGCGGUACCUCGAGCCGUAUGACCGGGAGAGGUGCGAGGGGACGUCGCCCAUGAUUAUCGGCAACUACGACGUCAACACGCCGGCGGGCUGGGCGGAGGGCGCGGAGGGCGCGUUCGCCGUCUCCAACAAGGCCGGCGCCGUGGGCAUCAAGGCCCUGGAACCGUCACCGUCACCGUCACCGUCUUCGCCGUCUGUGUUGCCGCGGCGGCGCGCCAUGCUCGUCAACGCGGACCCCAACUCCAACCUCGUGGACAGCCGCACGACGAUUCCGACGCUGCAGCACACCAUCGCCGCGGGCCAGACGGUCUGGUACGUGUCCGCGAUAUAUGCCAAGCCCGGCGGCGCCGGCGUGCCCAAGGAGACGUAUCUGGACGGGUGGGAUGCACCGCCGAGCGUGCCAAAGUGGCUAGAGUCCGAGAUGGCUCGCGAUGGGGCAUGGCAUGGAGCUAGGUAG